AUGGCGGAGAGCGACAGGGCGGAGGCGGCCGCGCCGCCGCCGCCGCCGCAGCAGCAGCAGCAGCCGGCACCGCAACAACAGCCGCCGCAACAGCCGCCGCAGGAUGAGGAGGCGGCGGCGGCCGCGGCACCCGGUAGCGGCGCGGGCAGCGCAAAUGGCGUCAAAAUGGAUAAUGAUGAGACAGCAAAAGAAGGGAAAGCACCAGUGAAAGAAAAGUUUGUUGCAAAAGCAAAGGCAAUCCCUUCUCUUGGAAGCAAGAAUAAAUUCCACCCCUAUGCAAAGGAGAAGAAUGCAGGCUCUGGAGACAAGAAGGCUGUUAAUCGCAAUAGAGUUUUUAUUAGCAACAUCCCGUAUGACAUGAAAUGGCAAGCUAUUAAAGACCUGAUGAGAGAGAAAGUUGGUGAGGUUACAUACGUGGAGCUGUUUAAGGAUGCUGAAGGAAAAUCAAGGGGUUGUGGUGUGGUUGAAUUCAAAGAUGAAGAAUUUGUUAAGAAGGCAUUAGACACUAUGAACAAAUAUGAUCUUAGCGGAAGACCCCUGAAUAUUAAAGAGGAUCCUGAAGGGGAACAUGCUCGUAGGGCACUGCAGCGGGGAGGAGGGCAGUUUCCAGGAGGACAUGGACCUGAUGCAGCACCUGGAAUGAUGAAUUUACCACCUUCUAUUCUCAAUAAUCCAAACAUUCCUCCUGAGGUUAUCAGUAAUCUGCAAGCAGGCAGGCUCGGAUCCACGAUUUUUGUUGCCAAUCUUGACUUCAAAGUUGGCUGGAAGAAACUGAAGGAGGUAUUCAGCAUUGCUGGAACUGUGAAGCGUGCAGACAUCAAAGAAGAUAAAGAUGGCAAGAGUCGAGGAAUGGGGACAGUUACCUUUGAACAAGCAAUUGAAGCUGUUCAAGCAAUAUCUAUGUUCAAUGGACAAUUCCUGUUUGAUAGACCCAUGCAUGUUAAAAUGGAUGACAAAUCAGUUCCUCAUGAAGACUUCCGUGUUGUGGACAGCAAAAGUUCACAAUUACCUCGUGGUCUUGGUGGCAUUGGUAUGGGACUUGGACCAGGUGGACAGCCCAUCAGUGCAACACAGCUGAGCAUGGGUGGUGGAAUGGGGAGCAUGGGUCCAGGAGGUAUGGGAAUAGACGGCCCAGGAUUUGGUGGAAUGAGUAGAAUGGGAGGCGGGCUUCCUGGAUUUCGUGGAAUGGAAGGAAUGCCUAACAUGGGAGGAUUUGGAGUCAACAGAAUGGGAGAAAUGUUCCGUGGUGGAAUGGGAGGAAACAUGGAAAGAGAAUUUGGCCGUGGUGACAUGGCAUUGAACCGUGGUUUUGGAGAGUCUUUUGGAAGGAUGGGUGGUGCAAUGAUUGGUGUUUUUGCAGGAGGAAUGGGAGCACCUAGCAUGGGCCCAAUAAGAUCUGGAAUGAGUGGUGGCAUGGGUGGUAUGAACAAUAUGGCUGGAGGAAUGGGAAUGGAUCGGAUGGGUUCCGGUUUUGAUCGAAUGGGACCUGCCAUGGGUGGAGGCCUGGACAGGAACAUGGACAUCGAUCGAGGAUUUGGGCCUGGCCCCAUGGGAGGUGGCAUGAGAGAGAGAUUAGGCUCUAAAGGCAACCAGAUAUUUGUGAGAAAUCUUCCUUUUGACUUGACCUGGCAGAAGCUAAAGGAGAAAUUCAGUCAAUGUGGUCAUGUAAUGUUUGCAGAAAUAAAAAUGGAGAAUGGAAAAUCAAAGGGCUGUGGAACAGUCAGAUUUGACUCACCAGAAUCUGCUGAAAAGGCCUGUAGGAUAAUGAACGGCAUAAAAAUCAGUGGCAGAGAAAUUGAUGUCCGCUUGGAUCGCAAUGCAUAAUUUAAAACUGUGUGUUCAGGAACAUUCCUCUGUCUGUUUAGCUUCUCUGUCUUAGUAAGUCAUUUUUAGUAACAUUGUAUGCUUACAAAAGCUGUAAAAAGGAACUUUUAAAUCCCACCAGCCUUUAACAGUAUAGUGUUUAAUAUACUGUGAUACUUGUUAACUGAAUCUUACUAUGUUUGGUUUUUAAAGACAAUUCGCCUGAUUUUUGUUGUUUUUUUAAAGGCACUGAGCACCUGCAGGUCCCUAUAGACCGGGGAUGCUUUGGAUGCUCAGUGCCUUUGGAAAAUUAGGCCAAGUGUCUCUAGUCAUUCAGUUUAAAUGAAUGGUUAUACUGUUUUUAAUAAAAUAAGCCAUUUUCUCUGUUAA